AUGGGUAAGAGAAAGAAGUCAUCAAGAGGUCCAGCCAAAAAGGUUGUGCAGAAACUGGACCUGAAAUUUAAUUGUCUGUUCUGCAACCAUGACAAGAGUGUGUCAUGCACUUUGGAUAGGAAAAACAGCAUUGGCUCACUGUCGUGUAAGAUUUGUGGCCAAAACUUUCAAACACAUAUCAAUGGACUAUCACAGCCUGUUGAUGUGUACAGUGACUGGUUUGACGCCGUGGAGGAAGUGAAUGCAGGAAGAGGGAGUGAGUCGGAUAAUGACGACGACGACUCUGAGAGCGAUUAUGAGAGUGAUUCCGAUGAGCCAAAUAGUAGAAGCAAAUCGGUCGCAGCCGAUCCAGACGAGGAGGAAGUGGAUUCUGACGAAGAAAUAGGGCUUGCUAAAAGAGGUAGAGGCAGACUAGUCGACAGUGACGAAGAGUAG